AUUGCUGAAAGCGGAACUGGAUGGCUUUGUGGACACUGUGGGACAAUGAGCUACGCUAAACACGACUUUUCCGCGAGUUUUAAGGAUUUAUAACCUCCAGCGUAAUAACACAGUCGUCUGAGGUACAAACAUGGAAGUGCCUUGUUACCUGCCCAAACUGCUGUUUGAGCUCAACGAGCAGCGGAAACGUGAUUUCUUCUGUGACUGCAGCAUCCUGGUGGAAGGUCGUGUCUUCAAAGCUCACCGCAAUGUGCUGUUUGCUGGGAGUGGAUACUUUAGGGCCCUUCUGGUUCAUUAUCUGCAGGACAGUGGACAGCGGUACAGCACCGCAUCGCUGGACAUUGUAACUGCAGAUGCCUUUUCUAUUAUCCUGGACUUCCUGUACUCGGGCCGGUUGGCUCUGAACAGGAGUAACGUCAUUGAAGUGAUGUCCGCAGCCAGCUACCUGCAGAUGACGGACUUGGUGAAUUUCUGUAAAUCAUACAUUCGUUCAUCUUUGGAGAUUUGCAGCAAGGAGAAGGAGCGGUGCACAGAAAAAGAAAACCAGCCGGAGGACAGAGCGAUGGGCCCUGCAGACAGUGGUACUCCCACUGCAGCGAUCUCUGGUGAAGAAGGAGAUGCAGAGCCCUGUUCAGAGGCCGCAGAGGCUGACGGAGAGUCCGCCGGUGGUACGGAAUCAGUGACCUCGGCGCCAGGCUCCAGCAGGGACAUGGACCGCGCUUACACUUCCAGGGAGGAGUUUACAUCGGGGACUGAAGAACAGAAGGGACAUAUGGAGCAGACCAACCUGUCAUCCUCCUCACCUUCUGCUUUGACUCCAGAGUUAGUGAACCCUAAGAUAGAAUAUGACCCUGAUGAGGAACUUAUAGAGUCCCCCGACAACAAAGACCUUGCAUCGUAUUCUGGGCCGUCACUGCAUAAUAGCCAUCAUAGCAGACUACUCCCCCCGAGUCCCUCUCCUUCUAGUGAGCGCUCUCCUUUGGGAUACAGCCCGUCCUUUAAUGCCAGGCAGCUGAUGGAGAUACUGGCCAGAGGUGAAGGUCCCAGCCCUCUGGGGGACAGAGCGGGCCAGCGCUUCACUCAAGGACUCGGUAACAGCGCUGGAGGAAGCAGAAUGGAUGAAGGUCUGGGCUUUGGGGGUUCUUCCAUCAUGGAGAUCCAGACGGAUUGGCUGGGAGAGGACACAGGUGAUGGGCUGGUAGUGCCGGUGAAGCUCCACAAGUGUCCUUUCUGCCCGUACACAGCCAAACAGAAGGGGAUCAUGAAGAGACACAUACGCUGCCACACAGGAGAAAGGCCCUUCCCCUGCCCCAUGUGCGGCAAGAGGUUCACCCGGCAGGAGCACCUCCGCAGCCACGCGCUCAGUGUUCACAGACACUACUGGCCGGUGUCGUGCAAGAGCUGCAGGCGAACCUUCACCGGAUCGAGCGUUUCGCCCGGCCUCAGGCGCUUCGGCAUCUGCGACAGCUGCAACUGCGUGACCACCACCCACGACGACUCCACCCCUGGACACCCGUCCAGCCAGCCGGAGGCCAUGGAGCGCUCAGACGGAGGCACUGAUUGGUCCAGUUUUAUGGACGACGUAGACGAGGUGGAGGUGGGCAGGGUGGAGGACUUGGUGGAGAAACAGAUGCUGGACAGACAGCUGGCUGUCUGUGCUGAUGUGAGUCACACACUGUGAAUUUCUUGUCCGUCAUCCUUGAAGUAGAA